AUGAUGAAGUUGUUCGUCGUUGCCGCCUGUGUGGCCGUCGUCGUCGCCGCGGCUGUUGUCGGCCGCGAUUGCACGUCGUGCCGGCUCAGCAGCAUCGAACUCGACGACAGGGUCCAUGGUUCCACCGCCCUGGGAACUGACGGCUGCAAGUACUUCUCACCCAACUGCGGACCGGGACUGCGCUAUUACGUGGGUUUCACAGGU